AAGUUAAAUUUCCUGCUAAUAUUAGAUCUCAGUAGCUUCUCAUCCUAACCAGGAGUUACUGGGUAUCUUCGGUCUUGCCGCACGGGUGUUGUGAGAGGUGAAUUUUUCGGGUUAUAAUUUUAGAAUUUUGGUUCCUUUUCUCCUGUUACAGGAGAGUUCUUUCUUGAAGUUUUAUACUAUAUUUUUAUCAAAAUGAGGUGCUCAGUUCAGGUCAUUGCAGCAUUGACCUUGGUGAUUAUCAACGAUGCAUACUCCCGACCCAACGCAGCAUACCAACAACAGUAUAACAAUGCCAUCAGACCGCAGAUUCAAAGGGAGGUGAACGGCAAAACGGACGAGAAGUACUAUCACUACGACGGCGUCCUGGUUCCCGUGAUGUACAUGCACGAUUCCUGGCCGAAACAACCCUCCACGGACCUCUCUUUCGGCGACAAACUACCCGCCCAGAGCGCGCCUUUCGUGAGGGCACCAAAACCGGAGCCGUUUACCCAACCCGAGGACGCCGAGAACUCGCUCAAGGAUACCGACCGCCUCAUAUCCAAACUCCAACACUUGGCCAACCUCAAGUACAACCCGAACCCGGACGACACUCGCUCCAACCAAAUCUCCGACAAAGUUUACAAGAAGAUGAAGAACCCCAACCGCCGUAGGUCCAAACCCAGUAAGGUCGUAUCCGCGCUCAAGGAGAGUAUCAUCAAGGAGGUCGAGAAGGACGUUAAAAUGGACGCCUCGACCGCACAACUCAAGGACAAAUACAUGGACACUGUUUUAAAACCCAAGCGGGUCGUCCAGCAAAGGGUGGUGUACACACCAAAAGCUCCGACGCCUUACAAUUCCUACCCUUUGGACAACGAAUACGGCGCAGCGUACCCGGUCGCGAGUUAUCAGUCCUUUCGUGACGAGCCCCAGCAAAGGGUACCCGAAAGGGUCUUCGACAUCCCGAUGCUGAAUCUGCCGAGCUUGGCCCUGCCCAUGUACCAAAGCCCGAUGGAAACCAACCCUUUGUGGGCUAAGUUAUUUCCAGCCGCAUCCAAAGGCCCCUCGCCUUUUUUAGAGACGUUCUCGACGGCCGUUGAGUACGGCACCGACUCGGAUUGCAAACAGAGAGACAACCAGAAGAUCGAGAGUUUAAACCGUGUCAAGCGUGGAUCCGAGGUCGAUACCAACGAGGUGGCCUCAGCGCAGAGUUUGAACGAAUCAGAGGGGGAGAAUAAACCCGAAGGCGAGGGGGAAGAGUCGCACGACGUUACCAACUUUACAGUGAUAAUAAUCUCUGAUGAGAAGAGAGAGGAAGACACGAACCGAGCAGACAAGAAACUAGACACAGACACCGACGCAAGUGGAGUUCUGAAGAACGAAAUUCUGCACUAUAAAGAUACCUACAAAGACGCACCAACCCACACAAACUCACUAUUAAAACCUCUGUCUUUUUUUAGCGCUAGUACCAACAAGAACAAGCAGGAAGGGGGUGUGAUCCCUUCUUCGCGCGAGGGCUCCACCGGGCCCCAAAUCUCGACCCUGAAGGUGCGGAAGGGUGGAGUGGCUAUCGCGGGCCCAGGGGGUAUCGCCACCGCCGGCUCGGGGGGCACGGCUAUCGUGGGCCCAGGGGGCACCGCCUACACGACGGCCGACGGUAUGGCUGUAGUAGGCUCUGGAGGUAAGGUCGUGUCCCUGGGUGCCCAGAACGAGCAGUCCCAGAACCAUGGGCUCCACGUGCCGCAGUACCAGAUUCAAUACCAGCCGCAACUCUCGCCAUACGGGGUUUUCCCGGAGUUGAUGCACGGUAGGCCCACGAUGGACUACAGGCCAGGGUUGGUCAGGGUCAACCGACAUGCCAAGGUCACGGAAGAUUUUGGUGAUACUCCGGACAGGGACACCAGGGACUCCACCGAGAGCACGGGUUUGCAUUUGCUCCCGUGGGAGCUGAUCUUGGAUCAGAAACCUGAGAAGUUGAUGGUAUGGCCGAACUCGAAUAAAAUUAAUCCGCUGGAUGGCUGGCAAGACUUUAACCCAUUUGGAAGUCCAUAUCAAACGGAUAAUUCACGGCUUAGCAGAGCAUAUUCUCAACAUGCGUUUCCUUUCCAAACAAACCAACCAGUCCAAUGGACUCAAACGCCAGUCAGUCCGUUUUAUCCCCAAUCGAUGAACUCCCUCCAAUUCCAGCAUAUGAACCAUCCAGAUCCAACCUUCAACCCAGGCACUCAGAUUGAUGGCACUCGGAAUCUCAAAUUCCCUGGCUAUUCUAGUUAUGAAAGAUAUUUACACAAUUUGGAAAAGGACACGAACUAUAGGAACAUGCGUUUUUUCCCACCACAGUAUCAGUUCUUUGAUUUUGGCUUUAAAAACAUGCAGCGGUCCCCUAUGACUGGAAACGUGAAUUGCGACCUCAGCAACAACUGGUGCGGCGCGGAGCAACCUAAAGAGUUACCUCGAAAAAAGGAGAGAGAAAAAGUCAUAGAGCUGUCUGAUCAUAAGAAACCGGUGGUUAUCAAGAUCGUUUCGCGAGACAAUCAAAUACAUUUUGAUGCCAUGCACCCGUCUGACGCGGAGAGUUUGGCACCGGACAGCCAAGUUAACUCUCUCAACUCAGUAACGAGUGACCUGAACACCGAGAUAGAUCCUUCAGAAGCGAUAAAUCGUGUGUCUAUCGGUGACCCCGUAGCCCCCUGGCAUCGCAGAAUUGAGAAAAAACCAAAACUUGACACUUUGAAGUACUUGAUAAAACAAGAUAGUACAGAUGAUUCAAGAUAUGAAAUUGUAAAUUCACAAGCUAAGUCCGAUAUGUCAAAUGGAGAACGUAAUGAUCCUCCAAAAUUGAUAAAAAGUGAACACCAAUCCAUUAUUGAUUCUAUAGAACGGCAAGACCCGUCAACUCACUUAACGCCUACAGAAUCGGUCGAUAUAGCAAGCCGAACAGGUCUCGAUGCUGCGAAACGUCAAAACGAGCCUACUAUGGUAUCUGCGCCUGCAGAAUUGCCUGAUGAAGCAAGCCAAUCGGAUACUACUGUGGAACUCCAAAACAAGCCGAAAGUUGAUUUUCCGCCUUCAGAAUUGGUUGACGCAGCGAGCCAAAUAGAUGUCGAUUCAAAACCUCCCAACGAAUUUACAAUCGGAUCUGCGCUUGCAAAAACGCCCGACGCAUCAAGUAAAACUAACAAUGAUCUCGUAGACCAAGAUGGUUCUGCCCUAGAACCUGCGCCUGUAGAAUCGCUCAAUGCUGCGGGUCAAACAAAUUCCCAGUCCCUGAACUCUCAAAACCAGGAUGAGCCCUCAAUGGGUACUGCGCCUGCAGAAUCCUCCGACGCAGCAAGCUUGACAGACACCAGUUCUACUACCCACCAAGAUGAGCAAGCGCCUGCAGAAUCACUCGAUGCAUCUAGCCGAACAGAUCACGAUGCUGUAGAAAGUGCAGACGAACAAUCAAAAGAUUCUGACCCGGUAGACACUCCUGACGCAACCAGUUUAACGGGCUCUAGUUUUUCUCGAAACCAUGACGAUGUUGCCCCCGUAGACUCGUCCGAUGCGACAAGCGCUGAUUCCUCAGACAGCACCGACUUAGAGUCUCCUCACCGAGGCUACAACGGUGACCUGGAGUCACUCCGACCGGAAAAAUUCCACAUCAACACAGCCGGGGACUUCGGACCCAGCCGCCUUCACCCAACCGAAGACGCAACCCCGCAACACAUGUCCGCCCGACAGCGCCCGCUCUUCAGUCUCCAGCAGACUUUCGGACCCCCAACUUCCGACGACGCCAACCAACAGCGGAUGCCGUUCUCCCUCACCAAGUACCCAACAACCCCGGAGGAGUUCGACCCUACUCGGGUCUUCGGUCAAAAGCUCCGGAAGCGACCCAGCUCGACGAAGCUGAAGCUCAACGCCUCGCUGGCGGAGUCGGACGACAAGCUGAACAGCUACGUGGCUGACCGUCUCCGGCCGAAGAAGAAGACGACGCCAAAGCCAUGCCGGCCGACGCUGAGCAGCGCGUACCCCACGACAACGACGACGCAGAAGACGACGACUGCCCCGCGCAACGUGACGAACUUGAUCUUGAAGCCGAUGGCCAACGCCACGGCCGGGGAGAACGGGGUGGCGCUAGCCUCUCCCGUCUCCCACGCUUACGUACAGAAAGGCGCGACGGUCUACAUUCACUAUAGCCCCUCUGCAGUGGCUGUUGCUGGCUCCGGCGGCACUGCUCUGUCCAAGCCACAGCUUGUGAUCAAGUACUUAGAGAGGGUGAUAGCGGAGCACCGUGAAGCGGACCCGCGGGGGGUGGAGGCGCUGCCGUACUACGGCGGGGCGAAGGGGAAGUACCUGAUCAUCCACCCGUCGGGGCGGACGUCCAUCGUGGACCGGAACUCGGAGUUGCUAGGGCUCCGCGACGACGACGAAGAGGGCGGCGUCGGCGAGGCCGGCACCGACGAGGGCAGCACCUCCGAGACCGCCGGACCCUCCGACGGCGUCGAGAUCAACCCCCCGCCGGAUAACGCCUCCGUCGCCGAGGCUAAGCCCGUUGGACUCGCCAUCGCAGGUGCUGGUGGGGUUGCUUCUUCCAAGCCCGUGGCAACUGCUGUGGUUGGCCCUGGUGGGCUGGCCAUCGCGAAUCCCCGCGCCACCGCCAUCGCCGGCCUGGCCGGCGCUGAGCAGCUGAUCGGGAUCGGCGGCAAGAAGAAGAUCACCCUAGACGUCAACUCCGGGAGCACUGGAUCAACCUCCGGCACGACCGCGGCCAAGUCCCGGGACAUCCGUUUCAACAGCGAGCAGCCCCAGGGACCCGCCCAGGACCAAGCGCAAGACCAGACCCAGCCUCAGGAAUCCCUGCCCAAGCAAUUCAGCAUGAUCGGCAACUCCGCCCAGGACUUCAGAUCCCUCCCCAGGGUCAUCUACUAUCCGAUCACCCUAUAUUAGUCAAUUCUCGCCCUAGUAAAAGUCUUUAGUCAAUCAAA